AUGACUUUCGAAGAAGGAGACAACGAGAAAGAAGAGGAUAACGAUGAGAACAUCAACAAAGAGAAGCGACGACUUUAUCUGGAGCAGAUUCUUUCGCAGAAAGAUUUCGUCAUGGACGCGUCGGUUAUUGAAACCUUGAGAGAGUACGUGCACCCAACGUUGUCCGGCGGGGAACCGAACAGGGCGGUGGAAUUGCUCGGAGGCAAUUACCGAGGGUACGCGCAAAUGACGAGUUUAGUGUGCGAUUGGCUGAAAAUUACGAGACCACCGAGAGUGAGCGCGACGACGAGCCCGGGACCGAAAGUCAGCUUUGCAAAGUUUGGCAACGCAGGCGGCGAGAAGGAGGAGGAGAACGAAGGGAAAAUGGGACUGAAUGAGAAGCGAAACGAAGGGCAGGACGGGGGAGGCGUCCGGGGAGCGAAAGGAACGAACGAACAGACGCCGACGGGAGGAGUGAAUAAUAAUCCCUCGUUACUAUUGAGCGCGGAUGGUGAGAAAGGUGCGGUGAUGCGAGACGGGACGAAGACCGCGGCGGAUUUAAAAGUAGUCGGCGCCGGGACGACCGCGGCGGCGCACCACCACCACCACCACCACGCGAUGAUGUUCAAUAACGAAGUAGGUUUAGCAGACGGAACCAUGGACGAAAUUGGUUUGUUAGAGCGGUUGAUCGAACGCACUUUUGACGCGUCGAAAGCGGACGCGGUGUUUGAUAAGUUUAAAGGGAAACCGCCGGCAUGGUUGGAGAAGAUUUUUCGAUCGGAAAGAGGGAGAGCGUUGUUGUUUAAAUUGGCAGAUAGGCACCAGAAUUGUUUGUUGAUCGAUUUAGCGAUUCAACACGCGUGGAGAGCGGGGUUGAGAAGAGAAGUGCGAGCGUUAGGGUCGGCGGCGAGCGCGUAUUUUGGGGUCUUUCACGAGUUGAUGGCGGACCAUUUUACGAGCUUGUGCGAGAACGUGUUGGCGGCGGCUUCGUCGAAGAGUAGUGUUAAUAAUAAUACCGCGCCGGGCGAGUUAGAGGAAAAGAUUAGAAAAGACACGAUCGCGAUCACGGAUAUGUGCACGAGAACGGUCGGAGCGUACAUGUUUGCGCAGAUUUUGCUUUCGGAUAUCAUCAACGGCGAUGAAUUUUCUUCCUCCAAAUCUUCGUUCAACUCAGUCAUCCAAGACGUCGCGAAACGGUUCUCUCAAGAUUUAGAAAUAGCUGCAGCGGAGAAACACGGUGCAGCGGCGGUGAGGAGGAUAGCUACGGCGUUGAGUGUGACGAGUGAGGAUGCGGACGUCGCUUCGGCGAUUUCGGAUUUGUUACAAGCAGCCGGGAAACCGAUCGGUGGUCUCGCGUUAGGUUCGUCCUCGUUCGCGAGUCGCAAAAGGUUGCGCAGUGGUGUUGGGAGUAGUGAUAGUGGCGGUUUCAACGUCGGUGCAGGCGGUGGUUCAGCGGUCUUAGCUGCCGCGGUGGCGGCUUCGGCGGGUGGCGGGCACGGCAAACGCGCGCUCGCCACGUGGGACUUGAAGAAGAUUUUAGGAAAAUACAAAGCAGGAGAAAAUGACAAAGAGAACGACAACGGAGGACGUCAGAAACCGUCGGCGGCACCGUUGCGUCGUCCAGAUGCGUUGCGCGCACUUUUUGAGGAAGCAUUUCAGUACGAAGCUAACCUCCAUCAACUCGUGACUGCGUUGACGUCGGGCGAAUCGGAGAAUUCUCCCAAAGCUUUGUGCGUGGAGAUUUUAGCGCUCGCGACGGCGAACGAUUGCUACGUGCAAGAAGACGUCAACGCCUCGCGCAAGGAUUUACUUUCGGCUCUACAAAUAUGCAAUCAAGCGUCGAAAACGUUCGAUAAUUCUACCACUUUGACCAACGACGACAGGAAAAAUGGAUCCGGGGUGAACGAAAAGUUGUCGCCGAGCGAGUUUCUCGAAAAGUGCGCUGAACUCAAAACACUUUCAUCGUCGCUCCCUGCCACAGCUGCCGUCCUCACAUGGAUCGAAUCUGCCAUUCGACGCGACCCAGAAAAGUCACACAAAGUUGCGUUUGCUUUGCUCGAGACGUGCGUCCAAUCACAACCGACGUUGCGUUUGCGCGCUUUAGAGUGUGUCUCGACGGCGAUUGAAGUCGCCGGCCGCGGCUGCGGCGACGACAUCCCUAAAGCCGCUAUCGACGUCAUCUUAUCGUUAUUUGAAGACGAGAAAAUAAGCUCUUUGGAAAACUACGAGGAAUUUAUCACCGACGCGCUCGACGAGUGCGUCGAAGUCUGGACGCCGAACCGCAUCGAUCAAUCUCACGUGAAACGCUUCCUCUCUGAGUUUCUCGAGUUCGCGCAGCCGCCGUACAGUCGAGCAUUCGCCGUGCGCGUGUUAUCCUGCCUCAACGCCUGUCGCGCUAAAAAAGGAUUUUCGCAAAGCAUAGACGUGUUUUUAGAGGAAGUGCGAGUGAAGAAAAGAGAGUUCAGGCCGAGUUUAGGCCGAGAAGCGAUGGACAUGUUGGAAGCGGCGUGCGCGGGUGCGGAUAUAAACAACAACAACGGCCCCGGAAAAGUCAGAAGAGGCGUGACUUUUUAA